AUGGCUGCUACUGAUGUUCUAUUUACUCAACCUGAUGUAAAUUAUGAUGAACAACUUAUUUUAAAUGAAUAUAGAAAAAUUCUUGAUACUGGUAAGACUUCAUAUGGUAGAACACGCUAUGGUGUUACUGAUGGUUUCAGAAGAGUAGGAGCUGGUGGUAGUUAUGGUUUACCAUUAAAAAUGGGCACUAAUUACAGAAGUGAUCUUGUUUAUACUGGAGCUGGACUUGGUGGUGUUAAUUAUAAUGCAUCAUCAUUGUACGGUUCAUCAGUUGGUAAUGGUGGUGGUGAUCUAGCAAUUGUUGGAGGUACAGUUGGACUUGCAGGUGCCGAUUUAGCUGCAACCAACUAUUUAUCUACAUCGCAAGCAACCGGUUUUCAACAGUAUCAAACCGAUGCUCAAGGUCUCUAUCAAGAUCCUAAUCCAAAAAUUAUACGUCGUCCAGCACCAGGUGGUGGUGUAACUUAUAAACAAAACAUUGGAGUUCGAUACCUUCGACCACCACCUGUUCCAGCACCAGGUCCAUUGAUCAUCAAAGAGGUGCGACCACCCCAACCACCACCACCACCUCCACUUCGUAUUCGUCAACAAGCUCCACCACAUCGUCCACCACCUCCACUUAUCUUACUUGAAAGACCAUCAACUCCACCAGCUCCUGUUCCUACUCAAACUUUUAUCCGACGAUUGGCUCCUCUUCCUGUUCCACCACGAUCAGUAGUUGUCGAACGUGUAGCACCAUCUCCACCUAAACCUAAAAAUGUUAUUCUCGAACGAUGGCUCCCAUACGGGGCACCAGCUAAACGAAGAACAAUUGUUCAACGUGCACCACCAGUUAAACCAUAUUCAAAUCCACGCAAUGUUGUCAUUCAAUAUGAAUCUACUCCAGUGAAUAUUGUUCGAAAAGUUCAAUUUCUUGGUGUUACUCAAGAAGAUCCUCAAGCAUAUAUUCAACGUUAUGGUGCAUCACUUUUAGAUUCACAUACACUGGAACAAAUAGCACGUGCUGCUGGUGUUGUAGAAAAUAUUUCACCAUCUGUUUUAGGUGGUUCAGUAGCAGCUAACUCAAUUCAAUUCGCUUCGUCAACUGGUACUCUUGGUUAUGAUGCUGGAGAGGUUGAUUUUAAUAGUAGUUCACCAUAUCAAUGGUCAUCUUAUUCAGCCGAUACUGACUUAGGAGGAGUUUCCCUCGAUGACAGCUAUGAUUAUGGUUUAUCUCAAGAUGACUUCUGGGCAACUGGAUAUUAG